GAUCUCUCAUCUUCUCUCAGCCAAACCCCAAAGAGAUUCCGAGGAAGAACAAAGGGAACAUUUCCAGAAAAAUCGAAAGCGGAGAUUUGUUUAUUUGAUGAAUUGAAGAUUUGAUCUAACAGUCAUUAUUCACCGUUCGUUCGAUCGAUCGUCGAUCCAUUUUUAGCAUCGGCGGCGCGGCUCAGUGCAUUAUUCUUUUGCUUUUUUCUUCGUUCGCUUGUGGAUAAUAUAAUAAAUAAUAAUCAAGGAAGAAAGAGAGAAAUAUUUGUACUGAGAACGGACCGAGUAGUUUUAGAGAUUAUUGUACCUGAAUUUUUUGCUGGGUUGAAUAUCGGAGGACUGGAGGCGACCUGUGCCAUUGCGAGGAGAAUACUUUUUAUUUGUACAAUUGACAGGUAUAUGAAACGCUUAGUUUUUUGAUAAAUCUACGCGUAUUUCUUGUAUGUUGGUUGUUUUUGUGUUGACAUCGUCAGUUGUCAGAGAGGGAAACCUACCUGUGUGUUUAUUUUGUUCGCCGACGGAUUUUUGUCCAGAUCUGUGAUAUAAGAAGACACGCCUAGGGUUUCUUGGUUCCCAGGAUUGGAGUUGCUGAUAUAUGUGUUCAAGAUCCGAACCAAGGAGGGAGUUUCUCGGGCAAGGGUUGAUUAGAGUUUGAUUUGUUAUUUAGAUGGAUUAUUUUGACUACCACGAUUUGAAUUUUGCGUUUUCUGCCGUCACUCUGGAGAAUAAAUCGAUGGCCUGCUUAUUUUUCUGGAGGAAAAUGUAUUGACACAUGGAAAUCUGCGGUACACAACCAUUUAAUUUUAAACUGUGAAAUAAUUGUUACUAGAAAGAUGCUCUUUUGGGGGCUUCGUCCUUGGAUGCUCCGGGAGAAGGAUGUAUUAGAAGGGAUCUGGGGAAAAAAACUUAGGUGUUCUGAUGGCUGAGGAUGUUUUCCAGCAAGCGAAAUUUCAUGCUAUCUAUUUGCUUGUGUAGAUCGCCUGACUGAUUCUUGAAUUUGGUUCCUCAAUUCUUGUGCUUCUUACCUAUUUUAGGCAACAGUAAGGCACUGGAUAUAUUUGGAGAAUGAGUAAUUUAGUUAAAUUGCCUGAUUUCUUUUUCCCUUUUGCCAUAACCACCCUAUGGUUUGACAUAAUCAAUUAUGGCGGACAUCAUUCAGCAUUCCUUUUCAUCUCUCGAAGUUUAUCUGAUGUUUGGAAUUAACGUCUGCCAUCCAUUGACCUAAGUUUGAAGUGACUUCUUCUGAUCUUUCUUGGGGUCUUUUUUGCACUUCUCGGUAUUAUAUGAAGCAAGGGAUGAUAACACUGUGCAGCAAUCGCUCAUCAUUAUGUGAAAAACAAUAGAUCCAUUUGACAAGUAUUUAUUUAUUUAAUCCUUAACGGAAACAGUUAAUAUAAAAUAUUCGUCGUUCUUUGUUGAGUAUUGCUCUGUCAUUAUUCAAUUGAGUGAAAGAAGCCUUGAGUCUGAAUAUCAGUAUCCAAAAAGUCAAUCUGUAUUUGCUCAAGUUUUGCUGGUCAAACUCCUUAGCACUAUCUGCCUCAAGGUGUCUUACACUUUGACGUUGUGAAGAGUUUUGGCACAAGUCGAGAAGUUUUCUAUUAUUGGGUGACCACGGUUGCCUUUCAACUUAUGGUUGCUCGUGAAACGGAGAGUUUUUUCAAUAGAGUUGAGGAGGAGCAAUAUAAAGGAUUAGUACUAAUGGUCAUGUGUGCCACUUGAAAACCUUGAUACCUUCUAUCUUUCUUGACUCGCUUGUGUAGUUGCUCGGGGAGUUUUGGUUGUACACGAAGGUUAAAUAGUGAAAGGAACCAGCUUGCAGAGGCAUCCUGCAAGACUUGUGGUGGCAAAUUCUUAGCUGAUGGGAUAGAGCUUGUAUCUGAUAGCAUGCUUGAAACUGUGGGUCCUGAAGUUAUGAAUUCCAACAUUCCAGAGUUAAAUUGGAAGACUGUGACCAAAGGAAGGCGCUCCAAGAAGCCAGUUGUUAGAAACUUGAAAAUUGUUGCAAAAGUUGGCAAUACUAGUCCAAAAAGGGUUGGCAAUUUUUCUGGUUCUGACUCUGACAAGUUUGGUGAAGCUGGAUUUGGACAAAGAUCCUCUAGUAAAGUGGAGCAUGUCCCAAUUAAAAAAAGGAGAAAUUUGCUUCGAUCUCCAUCACCAAAUACUCGGGUCCUUUCUAUUCGCAGUCAAGAUUCUUCAUCUCCUCAAACUCGUACUUCUUCUCCAAUCUCAGAAGAUUUUGAGCAACUUUCAGAUCAAAAUCAUUCCUCGGGCUACGGGUCCUUGAAUUCAUACUCUAACCAGCUAUCAAGGGAUUUUGAUAGAUCGUCAACAGUUAAGGUUGGUAAGGGGGUUGAUCAUGGAAUUUCUCUAGAGGGAACAGAGGCGGUAUUAUAUAGCUCUGAGGACUUCUCUGGAAUUGAACUUCUAGCUGCGGCUGCCUGUAUUAACGGCAUGGAUGAUGAUGUUGUUAACGCUAACAAGGAGGAUCUUACCGUAGAGGAUUCUUCAAUCCUCGAAUGUUCUGUUGCAUCUACAUGUCCAACUGAAUUGAAAGUAGGGUUCACUUGCACAGAAGCUGGAAAUUUUCUCAGUAAAGAGUCAGUUUAUGCAGAUAGUUUCCAGUCCACGCUUGUUCCAGAUAAAACUGCUCCUCCUCAGAAUAUGCUUGAAAGUGUGAAAGAUGGAGCAGUGCAGAGAGCUUUUUCUUCGAAAGUGGAUAGACUGCAUUGGGAUCUAAACACUGUAAUGGAUGCUUGGGAUGAACCAUAUGAUGUUUCGGACGUAGGAAAUACCUCGAAAGAUAUCGAUGAUUUUGGUAUUCUCGGGGGGAAGCUUAAGGGAGAAUGUUGUGGGGAUCAUAAAAAAUGUGAUGUGGAAGUCCCAAGAGUUGAGUUUUUCAAUAUGGAAAAAGAAGUAACUAACUUGGAAGAACUUUCUGAUUCUGAUAAAACUUGCCUUGAGAAAAAAUGUUUUCCAAAACCGGAGAGAUCCUUGCUGGAACCAGUAAAUUCUUAUGCUGAUAUGGGAGAAUCUAUGCAGAUAGAUUCUGAUAAGAGCCAUUCUGUUCAAGUUGUCAGCCCAAAUUCGGAUGUUGAUACGUCUAUUAAAACUGUUGACAAAGAUGCAGUUCCCAAUAAUUCUACUCUCGCUGAGUUACCUUGCUCCCUAAGCAUUUCUGAACCAAAGGAAAAACUGGAUGGAACUUCUGGCUUUGCUGGUAUCUUUCCGGGUGAAUAUUGUUUCGGCCAUAUGAUAGAAUUCAACAAAACUACUUGCUCUGAAGCAAUUCCGGCUGGGAUUCAAAAUUUGACUUCAAAUGAGGUACCAGUCUUAGAAUUAUCUAUGUCGGUAAAUGACACAGAGGAUUCUAGGAAGACAUCUGAACUGCCUGAUAUUAGGACUUCUUUAAAGGAGACAAUGAGCCUCAUUACAUGUGAAAGACCAGAUAUUGACAAUUCUGGUAGUAAUUCGACGGAUGUGGAUUUUUCUCAUCCGUCAUCUAACUGCAGAAGCUUUCGUGCCUCAGGGACCUUUAUUCCUGAUGAUCAGUCUGUUGCAAUUGCUGAUAGGAAGGGUCAAGAUGAUAGAGUUUCUGUUGCAGGUUCCAUGAUAUCUGAUUCUCAGGGGCACUUUAAACCCCAGGAAAUUGUUGUCAAGCAUGAAGAUGAUUAUGUUUCUAUUGAAAGAAAAAGGAGCCCCAUUUUGCAAGACUUGUGUAACAGUUAUGGUGGCGGAGAAAAUGUUGAUCCCAAUGCUCUUGAUGCGAAGAUUGGCAUUCCUGAUGACUGUCAUGAUUCUGAUGUUUCUCAGGAUAAUCAUGGGCAAAUGGUUGAUGGGGAUGAGGUUACUAAAUUUCAGGCAGGCUAUGAUUCUCCAUACGAGGAUGGAGAAUUGAGGGGGUCAGUUUUGUAUUCGUGGGAAGAUAAUGGCGUUGAAUAUGGUGAGAAUGAGUGUGUUGACUAUGACUCUGAUGUUAGAGAUGGCAAUGGUUCUGAUGCUGCAGAUUACCCAGGGUCGGAUAUAGUUGAUGGUGGUUCUGAGGGUUCCCAAGGGGCAAAAAAGAAAUUUCAAUUGAUGAAGGGAUUUUCAGAAACUGAUUUGAACAAGGUUGGGUCAGUGAAACAUUACUGGAGACAUUUCACCAAUAACGAAACUGAGAAGGCGAUGGGUGGAAAGAUAGAAUCGAAUGCAGGAUCUGGUACCACCAUUGAUCAGUCCGUAGAAAUGGUUGCUGAGGAAUAUGAUGAUAGUGAGAGAAGACGCGUGGUAGAUCGAACAGAUGCUGUUGAUGGUAAAGGGUUGUGCAUGGACGAAUUUGGGUCAAGGACCUCUAGGGGGAAGCUGCAGUCUCGUAUUGAAGGACCUUCAUCUUUGGUUGCAACUGAUGGAAAGGAUGUUUUUAUGCAGCAGUGCAGGUCGCGUCGUGUUGGCGGUCCAUAUUCUCGGUCUGAAAGAAACAUCAGUCCUGAAAAAUACCCUCUUAGGUAUAGGCCAGCCAGUCAUGUACGCGGAAGAGAUGGAUGUGAUAGUCAGUGGACAUACUGUGGAUCGAGAAACCAUUAUACUUCUAGAUAUCAUGGGAUGGAGGACCACAGUCAUACUAGGCCAAGAAAUGCAAUUAAUGACUCGACAAACAAGUUUGGUGGAUUUGACUCCCAUGAACAGAGGCAAUCUGCAAAUUAUUCUUCGAGAGGUUCGUAUAGGCCCUCCUUUCGGAGGAGAUCACCAGUUGACAGGGAUGAUUAUUUUGGUAUUCAUAGGAGAGUACCUCUAGCCCGAGGCACCAGCAAUAAUAGGAGCGAGGUCAAUUCUGGAAAUUAUUCAAGACGCAUUGGUAGAGAGAUUAGGGAGGAUUUCCAUGAGCCCGUUCCUGAUGAUGCUCCACGGUUGCCUAAUUAUUUAUCAAGGAGGGAGAAUAGCUUCGCUCACAAUCCUGGUAGAGGUUCUCAUAUAUCCUUAGCCCGUAGGAAAUCUUGUUCUAGAUCUAGAUCACGGUCUCCCCGUCCAUGGAACUUGCACAAGGAAAGAAACAUGGGUACAAGGCAAUACAGCAGAUCUCCUGAUUUCAGGUCCAAUGUUAGAACAGAGAGAACGAGACUGCCCUAUUCAAAACCCAGUUUUGCCUCUGAUAAUGGAGAAGGCUACAUGUCCCCACCAAGAGGCUACUUCUCACCACAGCGCAACUGCCAAUGGGUUGGUGAACGAAAUUUUAUGGACAAUUGUCUAAGGCACAGGCGAUCCCCAGUCAGAAUGUUCAGGAGGAAUGAAAGGUUUGAUACUGUUGGUUCUUCUGGACGAAUGAAGUCGGACAAUUCUUUUAGACCCACAACGCGUCCUGGAAGAUUUUCUUUCACGGCCAAUUAUGAUAGGGAAUUCAAGUUUAAGGCUGGUUAUGAAGAUAGGAUACAUCGAGUGAGGCUAUCUGAUGAUGAUGGUCCAGUUAGGCGGUUUCCGCAUGAUGUUUCCAAUAAUUUUGAUGCAAGCAACAACUCUAAUAAGGAAAAUGAUGUUCAACGUACUGAUCAAAGGGAUGUGCCCCGGAAUGCUAGGGACGGUAAGAGAUCUUUUAAUAUAUGACUGAUUGCUGCCCUUCACUUCCCUUGGUAGAUAGAUUAUGAAAACGACCAUGGCUUGCCUUGCCUUCAUGUACUCUCUCUGUCUUGUAGCUGGUGGUUGAUAGAUAGAAAUUCUAUACCAGUUGAAGUUUUUUCUUUUAUCUUUUCUAGCAAAUUAGUUUUAUAAAUUUAAAUUUUCCAAUUGUUGCAUUGCUCUGUUUCCUAUUCGAGAAGGCAGGCUCCUUUAAAUGUAUGCUCAGGCACUGUUUUUUUGUUAGCCUUGGAUGCAAUCUUUGGCAUCUCAGUUGCCGUCUUUGCCUCUUAAGAUGGAAGGGAUGUGUUUGCUAACAUGUUAAAUCUCGAUAUGGAUCUUGUGACGAAGACAAAAAUUAUAUUGUC